AUGGACAUGGAUCUAGAUGACGCUCCCUCGAGGAGAAACAACACACACCAAGCUACCGCGGGCGACCACAUCGACGACAGCAAGAGCAGUGAAGCUGGCACCGCGACAUCGCCGCCUAUCGGCCGUGAUCCCUCGCCGCCGAAAUCUGUCCGCCCCAUGUCGCGCAUCAUCUCCGGCAACGAGCUCUCCCCUCUCAAGAUCCUCCAGCACCAGCCGCAACAGCAGCCAUUGCCUGAAAGCGCCGACUCCCCUCUAUCGCCUGCGGCAAAGAGCAUGGCCCCGCCCCCGCUUCCGCAAAGCGCCCGCAAAGCUCCCAUCAAGCGUUUCCCCGUCAAGGUCAGCCCUUCGUUGCCCGGCAGCGAGUCGACGCGCUCCUCUUCAAGAGACUCGCAAGAUCGUCGGAUAAGCCUGCAGGAUGUGAUACGCGAAAACGGAGGCAUCAAACAAGCAAUCGACAUAUUCGAGGAUGACGAUGUCGACAUGACCGGCAUCGAGGGCGACAACGGUUCCAAGCACUCGCUUCUACAGAAUGCGUCGGCAAACAAUACGGGCGGCGAACAUGAACAGGCGAUACACGACGAAUCCGUCUGCGAAGGGAACGAUACCAUGGUCAGCACGUUUAGCACGUUUUCGGCCGUCCCCGACCUCACCAAGUUUUCGCACAUGCGAUCCGAGAGCGCAAGCAGGUUCUCUGUGCUCGGUGGAGGGGUGUCGCCUACGAAGCAGACACUGCACGCAAACGGCCUGGUGUCUGAUAACAGAACAACGACCGGAAAGAAGAGAGAUUUCGACUCUGGCAAUGGCUCGAACCUGCUAGACUUUACGGAUACGCUACGAUAUGGAGGCUACGGAGCACCACAGACCUCGCCCACACGCCGCACCCAGUUUGCACCGCCGAGGCCUGGUAGUACCGAUUCUGCCACCACGACGCCCCAGCGCCCGGGCAGCAAUCUCUCUAACAUUCUCGACUUCGACAUCCCACCUAUGCCGACACCUCGCAGCGUCCCGACCAUCACACCUCGCGAACUCGAAACUCUGAAAUCCGGCUUCCUUUCCGAGAUCAGCAGCCUCAAGGCUUCGCUGAGCGGCAAGGAAGCAGAGGUUACGUCGUUAAAAACAGCUGUGAGCGACGCCGAGAAGCGGGUGGGCGAGUGCAUGGAGAGGCUUCACGAGGUGGAGAGCAGGCACGAGUCACUGGAAACCGAGAAAAACACAUGGGAGCGGCGGGGUCGAGAAAUGGAGGUCGUGUUGCGGCAGGUCAAGGAGCAGAUCGUGCUCGGCCAGCGCGAGAGAGAGGAGCUCGAGUUCAAGCUGGACGAAGCCGAGAAGCGUCGGGAAGCGGCCGAGAUGAUGGCUCAGGAUGCCGAGAGCAAGAUGGCUGGUAUGCGUGCUGGUAAGGCCAGCGCGGAGGCUGCUGCUCACGAGUCACCUGACAAGGCGAGGGGACAGCCUUCGUCCAACAAGGAGGUGGAGAUGGCGGUGGAACGCGUGGCUCGCGAGCUUCAUGCGCUGUACAAGAGCAAGCACGAAACCAAGGUGGCGGCGCUCAAGAAGAGCUACGAAAGUCGCUGGGAGAAGAAGGUGCGCGACCUGCAGGCGCAGGUGGAUGAGUUGAGCCGGGAGAACGAGGAGCUGCGAAAGCAGAGAGACCAAGACAAAACGGCGUUGGCGACCCUCAACCCGGCGCGGCUUACAGAGCUGGAGGAGGAGCGCAAGGCCGACCGGGCGCGGAAUGCGGUGCAAAUCAGGGAGUUCGAAGCCGAGGUAGAAAAGCUCGUGGCUAUUCUUCAGACUGUCAAGGAAGAUAAUGAUGAACUUCGGCAACUCCUGGAACAGGAAAGGGUCGAAAAGGGAGAACUGGUUCGCCUGGCCGAGGAGAUGAUGAGCAUGCAACAAGAGCUGCCGACGCCCGCGCCCGCACCUGCAUCCGCACAAAACAACAACUACCUGUCGAGUACCGGUGGCCCGGGGCCCUUCCGACCGUAG